AUGUCUGAUUCACAAGUUCAGAACGAAAACACUGAACCUACUAAAAAAGUCACAAAGCCUCGUAAACCAAGAGCCGAGGCUUCUUCUAGUAAAUCUUCAACUCCUAAAAAAUCUACUCCUAAAAAAUCUUCGUCUAGUAAGGCCUCAACUCCUAAAAAGUCAACUCCUAAAAAGUCUACUCCUAAAAAAUCAAACCCGGUCGAUGUUGAAGAAUCGAGUGAAGUUACAACUCCUAGCAAAGCCAUAGAGAAAACUAUUGAAGAAGUCUAUCAAAAGAAAACUCAGCUUGAACAUGUUUUGUUAAGACCCGAUACAUAUGUUGGUUCUGUUGAACCUCUAAAAGAGAAAAUGUGGGUUUACGACUCCGAAAAGCAAGGAAUGGUCUACAGAGACAUUACCUACGUACCAGGCUUAUAUAAAAUAGUGGAUGAAAUCUUGGUAAAUGCUGCUGAUAAUAAGGUUCGAGAUCCUACAAUGAAUACUAUUAAAGUUAACAUUAACAAAGAAGAAGGGACGAUUUCCAUUUAUAAUAAUGGAAAAGGAAUACCUAUUGAAAUACACAAAGAAGAAAAAAUUUGGGUUCCUGAGCUUAUUUUUGGGCAUCUUUUGACAUCCUCAAAUUAUGAUGAUAGUGAGAAGAAAGUUACUGGUGGUCGCAAUGGUUACGGCGCUAAAUUAGCAAACAUCUUCAGUACGGAAUUCAUUGUGGAAACUACAGAUUCUUCAGUUUCCAAGAAAUAUCGCCAAAUAUUUAGGAAUAAUAUGUCCGUAAUCGAAGAACCAAAACUCACUUCAUAUAGUAAAAAAGAGGAAUAUACUAUGAUUACUUUCAAGCCAGACUUUGAAAAAUUCAAUAUGUCUCAAUUUGAUGAUGAUAUUACUGCUCUUUUAAAGAAACGUGUUUAUGACAUGGUAGCAUGCGUCAAUAAUAUCAAAGUAUACUUGAAUAAUGAAAAAUUGAAAUUAAAAGAUUUCAAGGAAUACAUGCAAUUGUAUUUAGGUGAGCGGGAAGAGCCGCGUCCAGAUAUCGUAUAUGAACGUGUUAACAAUCGAUGGGAAAUUGGAGUUCUUCCUUCCUCAGAAUCUCAAUUUCUGCAAAUAAGUUUCGUUAACAGUAUAUGUACAUCAAAAGGCGGUACCCAUGUUAACUACAUCGCAGAUCAACUUGCAGAUAGAAUUCUGUCAGCGGUUAAGAGUAAAAAGAAGGAUGCAAACAUUAAAAAGAAUCAAGUUAAAAAUCAUAUGUGGAUUUUCGUUAAAUGUUUGAUUGAGAAUCCAACAUUUGAUUCUCAGACAAAAGAAAAUCUUACACUAAAGGUUACAUCAUUCGGUUCUUCAUGUAAUCCAAGUGACGCAUUCUUUAAAGGGCUGCUUAAAUGUGGUAUUGUUGAUCAGAUCAUCGAAGUUGUUGAUUUUAAACUCAAUAAAGAGCUAAAAAAGACGGAUGGAAAGAAAAGUAGGAAAAUCACAGGCAUCACAAAAUUGGAUGAUGCAAAUAAUGCUGGCGGUAGGAAUGCUAAGGAUUGUACUUUAAUUCUUACUGAGGGUGACUCUGCAAAAUCAUUGGCUGUCGCUGGAUUGUCUGAGGUUGGACGGGAUUAUUAUGGAGUUUUCCCACUCCGGGGAAAACUACUGAACGUGCGAGAUGGUUCUCAUAAACAGAUCAUGAACAACGCAGAAAUCCAACAUAUAAAGCAAAUUCUUGGUUUAAAACAAGGAAAAGAAUAUGAAUCAACAAGUGAAUUGCGUUAUGGCCACUUGAUGAUCAUGACGGAUCAAGAUCACGAUGGAAGUCAUAUAAAAGGGUUGAUCAUCAAUUUUAUGGAUCAUUUCUUUCCAUCCUUGUUGAGAAUUAAAGGUUUCUUGUUGGAAUUCAUCACUCCUAUAGUCAAGUGUACAAAAGGUGAAAUGGAGUUGUCAUUUUUUACCGUACCUGAAUUCGAAAAAUGGAAGGAAACGAUUCCUGAUAUUAAAAAUUGGAAAAUCAAAUAUUACAAGGGACUUGGUACUUCUAGUUCUGCUGAAGCAAAAAAAUACUUCAGAAAUCUAAACCGUCAUAAAAAACCUUUUAGAGCGAUUGCAGAGGGUGAACGAGAAUUAAUUGAUAUGGCCUUUAAUAAAAAGAAAGCAGAUGAUCGCAAGGAGUGGUUAAAAAACUAUGAACCGGGUACCUAUAUGAAUCAUGAUGUAAAUGAGAUCACGAUAACAGAUUUUAUAAACAAAGAGUUAAUCUUAUUCAGCCGAGCUGACAAUGAGCGUUCGAUUCCUAAUGUUCUUGAUGGGCUAAAACCUGGUCAAAGAAAAGUUUUAUACACAUGCUUUAAGAAAAAUUUCAAGAAUGAAGUUAAGGUUUCAUCGUUAUCCGGUGCAGUUCUAGCUGAGGCGGCAUAUCAUCAUGGUGAUGCGAGUCUUCAAGGAACAAUCAUCGCAAUGGCUCACGAUUUUGUCGGUUCAAAUAACAUCAAUGUUCUCCAUGGCGAAGGUCAAUUUGGUACAAGAGCUCAAGGAGGAAAAGAUGCUGCUAGUGCCCGUUAUAUUAGCGUGACAAUUCCUCCACUGACUCGAAAAAUUUUUCAUCCUCAAGACGACGCGUUGCUUACUUAUUGCAAUGAUGACGGGCAGUUUGUAGAACCAGAAUGGUAUCUGCCGAUUCUACCUAUGAUCCUUGUCAAUGGCUCAGAGGGUAUUGGAACUGGCUGGAGUUCAUAUAUUCCAAAUUACAACCCCCGUGAUAUCGUUGACAACCUGAAACGUCUAAUUAACAACGAAGAGCCUGUACCAAUGCACCCUUGGUAUCGCGGUUUUCAGGGAGAGUUUGAACAACUAAGUAAUGAUAGAUAUCAAGUUAACGGUAUAAUCCAGAAAGUUAAUGAUGAAUCUGUUAGGAUUACUGAAUUGCCAGUUCGUGUUUGGACACAGAGUUACAAAGAGCAACUUGAAAAAUGGAUCGCUGGAACGGAGAGAACUUCUAGCUGGAUUCGAGAAUAUAAGGAGAACCAUACUACAACUGCUGUUGAUUUCACUGUUAAGUUGUCUGAAGAAAAUUUAAUAGCUGCUUUAAAAGAAGGACUUGAAAAGAAAUUUAAGACUAGCACAGCCAUUAAUACUUCUAAUAUGGUGUGUUUCGAUGGUAGAGGACGUAUUAGGAAAUAUAAUUCGCCUGAAGAGAUUCUCAAGGAAUUCUACGAUUACCGACUCGAAUACUACCAUAAAAGAAAGGCUCAUAUGAUAAAGAUACUUGAAAUAGAAGUCAGAAAGCUCAGAAAUAAAGCUAAAUUUCUUCAAAUGAAGAUUGACCAUAAUCUCGAAUUUGAAGGGCUUUUGAGAAAUGCAAUUAUUGAUUUACUCGAGAAAAAUAACUUCGAAAGAUUUGCAGAUGAUAAAGACAUUAAAGAUAAUGACGACGAGGAUUUCAAUAUUAGUCAUAAUGAUCAUGGAUAUGAUUAUUUGAUGAAAUCUCCGGCAUGGAGUUUUUGCAUGGAAGAGGUACAAAAACUCUUAAGUAAAAAAGUAGAGAAAGAAAAUGAACUCGAAGAUCUCAGGAAAAAAACACCUCAACGAAUGUGGAUAGAAGAUUUAAAUGAUUUCUUGGCAUUUUGGGAUGUGAGUAUAUACUUUAUGCAUUUGAUAUUAUAUAUUAAAAGAAACAAUUUAAUAAUAAUAACGUCUAUUUAA